AGAACCUCCCCUCCCGGGCACGAGCCACGAGCACAUGGUCCACGUCGAUCGCGACGACCAUGAUCACGAAUCAAGCCGCGCCGAUCAUCGGCCUCGUCUUUGUCGUCUUGGUGGCCACUUUCGAUCGCGGUGAAGCGAUAAUAUGUUAUCAAUGCAACAGCGAGUACGAUCCCAGAUGUGGCGACCCAUUCGAUUCGUACAGUUUGGGGACUGUGAACUGCAGCUUUCAGCCUCGUCUGGAGCACCUCAGCUACUUAGAGCCUACGCUUUGCCGAAAAAUCAGUCAAAAAGUAUACGGGAAGGACAGGGUCGUCCGCAGUUGCGGCUACAUCACGGACGAGAAGGACAACGGCGAGUGCCUUAAGAGGAGCGGCACCCACGACGUGCGCGCUGUUUACUGUUCGUGCACCAGUGAUCUGUGCAACUCCGUCGAGAGUUCUCUCCGUACGCCGUCCCUACUGCCACUGGCAUCCCUCCUGACUGCCGUACUGGCGAUACCGAGCCUGCUUCUGUCGUGCCCGACCGCGCAGCCUCGCACCUCCCUCUCGACAGCCUAAUUCUGCCUAAAUCUCGCACCCUCCGAGACACCGUGAGAAUCCACCCUGGAGAAGACACUUAUUCUCUCUGAUCCGUCGUUGCGCCGCACACGUUCGUCUCGUUAUAAUCAAGUUGAGUCGUUAUAGUCAAUUUCUCGGCGAAUUACAGUUUCCCCGAUCGCGAGGAGGUCGCGAGAAGAUCGCGAAAAGAUGGACGCUGUAUCGUUCGGCCUAAUUGAAUCACGUCAGACGAUCUAAUGUAUUAGGAAAUGUGUCUCUUCUCGUUGUAUCAACAAAUAAUUUGAUUUGAAAUGUACGGAACAAAACUAUUUAGUUAGACAAAUAUUUCUUUAUUUGCAUGCAUUUAACACAAUGAAAAGGUCUGGUAUCUCCGGCAAAAGCUGUUUUUGGUCAAGGCACUUUUAACAGACCAAUCAAAUAUUUUGUUUUGUAACAAAAAAUUUAAUCGCUUCUGCGAAAUGCAUGUAAAUAAAAAAUACUGGUUUGAUCUAAAUGUUUUUUUUUAUAUUAACUGAGUAGUUUUUGUUUGGUACAUUUUAAUGAAAUUAUUUGUUGUCACACACCACGAAACAUUUUUCCUAAUGCGAUCGAGUAAAACAACGGAAGAUCAUAAUAACAGACGUUGAAAUGACGUUAAGAUGAGUCGCGAUUGAUCGAAAAACUCUUAACAAUUAUUUAGGAAUCAUUUUGACGUCACAUUCUGAUGUCAUGACUUUUUGUUCCGCUUGAGUCUUCACACGCCGCCAACGAAGAAAAAAACUUCGCACUCCCCAGGCUAUCGAAUUUGUUCCCCUCUCGUUCCCCGGAAGGCCCCGAGUUGUACAACGAAAAGAAUCCGACGCUCUCCCCGUAUUUUCUUCAGGAAUCGAUAACAUCGUAUAUCGCCCUUAUAAAAAUACCGAGCAGUAUUAAAUUGGCCAGUAAUUAAUACUUAUUUUAAGUAUUAGAAGCACUGCUGUUGGUUUUAAUACUCAAAAUAAGUGAUAAUUACUGGCCAACUUAAUACUGUCCAGUAUUAUAUUUUUACAAGGGCAGGUUUCUCGACACCCCCCCCCCCUCCCCUCCGAGUUUCUCGCGUUAUCUCUCUUGUAAUCCACGAGGGCCUUGACGACAAUGGACGAGGGACACACGCUCCGUGAUUCUCUCGCAGACGAACUUCGAGAUUUCGAUCGCUAAUGAGGAGAUUUUAGAUUUUGCUCGACCCCGACGGCACCUUUGGCUGACGAACGGUCCGUAAACCUGUGUAGUAGCCAGAUAUUAAAUAAUUAACGUAGCGUAACAGUGAUAACUGCCAGGGAACUGCGCGAGGACGACACUUCAGUAGUAUACAUAUCUCCGCGAGGAAGAAGAAAAAAAAAAUCAGGAGAAAAAGAUAACGCGACCUCUGCGUGAGGAAAGAUUUUUAAAAAAUUGGAGAUCGAUCAAUCUCUCACGUUGCGCCGAUAUCGCGCUCGUCGCGCGAUUUCCACUCGGAUCUAAUCGGCUGUUCAUAGAUAAAGAAAUUGUGGAUAUUUUUGCAUAGGCAGAUUAAGGGGAAUCGAUUGAGGAUGUCUUCUGCGAUCUAAUUUUUUUUCCACAAUUGUUCUAAACGUUUCAAAUUGUUUCUAGUGCACAUUUGUAAAAAAAAAUCACGUAUUUUUUUCGAUAUAUCGAGCUUUUGAAUCUACGAAGUUUCGUAGCUACAAGAAGAUCGAAGUAACCGUGGAGAGUUUCUGCAGAACUCGUUCCCAUCGAUUCCUGUCAAUUCGCCUACUUUUGUACAGGAACGAGCCGAUGUCGCGCGUGAUGUCGGGGGUCAUGAAAAGAAAAAACGGGCGCAGCGGGAGAGAGGGCAGAUAUCAUACGAGAAUUAGCGAAACAUAAAAAAAAAAAGAGUUGCACAGUAACGUAAAUACAAAGUAGCGGCAUCGCGAUAACACAUUUCGCACCACCGCCUGCUACCGCUGAGAAUACACAUUUACGUCUGUGCGAUGGGUGUGCCUGUGUAUAUGCACGCGAAGUAAAAAAAAAGAAGUAUAUAAAUAUAUAUUUUGCCGUUGGGAGUAAAGCCGAAAUGGAAUUGCACGCGAGAUCGACGGGCAUAUAUGCUUAUUUCUAGAGGUGCAAUGACACAUUUACAGCAUUUUGCGAAACGAAACGGGAUACAACGCAACGGGACGCAUACACGCGUCCACGUUGCGUCCAUUCAGCCUACUUCGGUGUUAUUUAUCACGCAUCAAUAAUUCAUUGGCGAUAUAAUUAUGUAACGUAAUUUUUUCUGAAAGGAUGUAAAAAACUCGAAAGUUUGAUUAAAUUUUAUCGAUUUAUAAUGUAUAACUACAAUUUAAUGUCAUCACAGUAAUAAAGUGUAAAUUGCAUAAUGCCAUUAGAUAUAGUAAUUAUAAUUUACAUGAAUAACAAAAUUAACGAUUAUAUUUAUAUAUUGAAUUUGUUAAGAAACAGAGAAAUUAUAAAAAUAUUUUUAUAAUAUCAACAAUUCGUUGAGAGAUUAUGUGAUCGUUUUAGCUUUGGAAAAUCACUUAUCUAAAGAUGUUUUUCACUUUGUCGCGCUAAUUUUUUAGAGAAAAGUGAAUGUUAUCAAAAGUUACUGUCUGUUCUUUACUUAUUGCUGUAUAAAGAUUAAAUUUCCUAUUUUUUAAAUAAAAAUAUGGAUAAUAAUUUGUCAAUAAUAAAUAAAGAACGGAAAAUAAUUUUUGCCAGAAACAAGAGAAUUCCUUUGAAACUUUAAAUUCACUUGAUAUCUCUGUUAAAUUGCUCAUUUUACUUGCUUUGAUAUCAAGUUUUCCGAUUAAAUUAAACUGAGGUAAUCUGAAUGGAUACGACAUACCGCCUCUUUAAUUCUAUCGAUUCUAUGUGAAACAAACGGUGUAAAGAAUGGGAUAGAUAUAACAUAUCGACGAUAUGCCUAAAGAAAGAGAAACCUCGCAUUUAACUGUGGCGACAGUUGAAGAUCAGCGUCUACAAUUAUUCCGUGUUUCGCAAAAACCUUGCAAUAAGUGCAGUUUAAGCCUGAGUCACCUGAGCGUACAAGAACCGCCGUUUGUAUGCGUGUGAAUGUUUAGUGUAUGUUUGCAAUAUGUCUGCAAUAACGUUGCAAUUGAGCGUAAGUUGGCCAGUAACGCUAAACUCGAUAGCUUAAUUAGGAUCGGUUGUUGCACCUUCGAGUAAAGCGUUCGAUAAUUUAUCAACAAAAAGUUGAGUCUCCUCUAUCUUGUUUUAGAAAUAUUAUGCAUGUUGGCCGCAAUAUAGAUAAAAAGAGAUCAGAUUAGUUGACCGAAUGUCGGAAAAACCUUAAUAAAUUUAUUGUUGCUCCUUUGCCCACGGAUAAUAGACGGAGGAGGUGGUUGUUCAGGAAAAAGUCUUCGGUAAAUACAGGAUGUUCGGCAAUGAGCGCAUUAUAAUAAACAGCAGUCCCAAACGAACUGAAACUUUUUUCUUGCCGAAUUUUAAGUUUUUAUGUUCUUUCACGAUUCUAGAAACUUAUAUUAAAGUAUAUUUCGCUAUAUUUCAGGAUAGCAAUCAUGUAAUCUUUUUUUUUCUAUAUGUCAAAAAUGCGAAAAGUGAAAAUUUUUACUUUUGAAAUUAAUAAAAUAUCUUUUUUAUAUGUAAAUUCUGAAACAUUCCAAGAUUUUUCAUUCUAUAAGUUCUCGAAGAAAACUUAUGAAAUUUAAAGUAUAUUUUUUUAGAAAUCUUUACAAGCUUAACAUAUAAAAAAAAUUUCCAAAAUAUAUUGAGAUUUUUAUGAGCUUUUUUUUAAACUAAUUUAUUGAAAUCCAUUUCUUUUCACGAUUCAAACAUUUGUUCUUUAAAAGGACAGAAUAUUUUACACUAUUUUACAACAACUGCUAUAUAUAUCGUCUAAAAAAAUUAUAAUAAUCGAACAUCCUCUAUAAUACUGAUGCUAAUAAUAAUAAUAAUAAUAAUAAUAAUAAUAGUAAUAAUAAUAAUAAUAAUAAUAAUAAUGAUAGUGUCCGUUACAAAUUUUGUCGACACAAAAGGCUACAGAUUUGAUACAGCAUCUGAUACAUAUAAUGCUUUUACAGAAUGCCAAAGUAUAGCAAUAUUUGUCAUUGAAAUAUAAUAGCAAAUUGACGACUAAAAUCAAACAGAUGUUGACAUACUUCUCAUACGCUCGAUUUAAUUUAUUUUUAACCUAGAUUUAAAUUUACCUUUGUUCUUUUUCUAAGAAUUGUAAAGAAAUAAAAAUUAAGUCAAACUGAAUUUAAAGUUAAACUACAUUAGUGCGAAUAGGUACAGAAAUUUAACUAGUGGAAUUUUAAAUUAAUGUAAGGGCUAUUGCAGUUUGAUACAGAUUGGUGAUAGUAUCAGAGCAGAAUCUGCGUUUGAGAAAUCCCACUUGGUUUUCCUCGUCAAUCUGCUGUUAAGUUGUGUCAGCAGACUUAAUUAGUAAAGUACAAACACAGAUAAUCCUAGUAAUUUGCUAGCAAUUUCUGAUCGAAUUUGCUACCAAUAUGCUACCAUACGGCGGACAGUUUACUUACCUGGAUUAUUAUUAUUAUUAUUAUUAUUUACCAUCACUACUAUUACUGUUAUUAUUAUUAUGAUAUUGUUAGUACGUACAUUACCGAUCCAUUGUUACAAUAUCGUUAAUAAUUAUUAUUAGAGUGCAAAUGUGGCAACAACCGUAACGAAGAUAAUGCUAUCGAUAAGAUUAGAGACGAGGAGAAAUAAAGUAUGGAAAAAGGGAGAAAUCAACAUGCAAUAAAUACAGGGAUGAAACAAACGAUUUCAAUUUUGGCAUUGUCACAUUAUAAAUAUUAAUUAAUAUCUGUAAAUUGUGUCUUUUCAGUGUCGAUUCUGCGAUAUAAUUAACAUAAAAAUCACGUGAUCUUAUAAUUUGCAAUCAUUAAAUUCGACACCAAAGGGAUUGUUCUGUGCUCAUGACUCUUCUUCUUUCCUAUUAUAGAAUAAUUAGGGCAAGAUAAAUUUUUUGUUAUCAGAUUUGCAUGAAAAUCAGUCAAUAUGAUAUAUGAUAUGAUGAUCCAGAAAAACUAUAUCGAAUCUAUAUCUGAAGAUUUGAUCGUAUCUUUUCAUUGAAAAGAAUUUUAAAUAAAAAAAAGAUUUUAUUUUGCCUUAAAUAAAUAUCUGCAUACAAAAAAUUAAUUUUUUUAAUAAAAUAAAAUAGCAAUAUUUUAUAUAAGUGCAUAAAUGCCGCUUUACGUUGCCUAUCAUUCUACAACGGAUGUGCUUAUCUACAUACUUUCGCAAUUGAUUUUACAUGCAAAUCCGAUAGUAAGAGAUUUAUUUCCAAGAAGAGCUCUCUUUCAUCUUCGUUUUGAGAUUGAUUCUACUCGAUUUCUCGUUCGGGACUGCCGGGACGCGAUGAUUGAAAGAAACAUGGAGUUCUUGUUGAGAUGAUUCGGUUGUAUUUUUUGAUACAUGUCGCAAUCAUAGCCGUGUCAGUUGUUGUAAAAGGUUGGAAAUGUCGCUAUGCGAUUACCAUUCGUUAUAUCUCGAGAGCAAUGAAAAAUUGUUAUAUUUCAAGAGUUAUGACAAAUCGCGCGAGGAUACAAAUGUUUUUUUGCAAUUACGCGUGUAUUGUAUUGGAAACUGUAUAUUGAAUGACGGUUAUCGCAAUUAUAUUGGCAGAAAUGAUAACGCGUGGCGUAUAUUUAUCACACGGCUCGAACAUUAAUUUUAUGACCUUCUUCAAGAACAAAAAAAAUUAUAGUUGUCGAGUAAUCAUAAAUGUGUUUCAUUCCGCUAGUUUAUCGAUUAAAAAAGAAAAAAGUAAAACCGCCGAUUAUAUUAGAUUACUCGAGUAAUAUGCGAAAAGUUUCGUCAAGUUUCGUCCUGACAUUACCUAGACCUUAUCGUGAUAAUCGCGUGUUACUUGGGUAUCGCUGCAUUAUAGAACAGAAGAUAUCAGUCUACAAUAUAAAGAAAUAGCUGCCAUAUUUUGAAAGUGGCGAUACAUAGCUACUGUAAUAUUGUAAUACAAAAAGUAUAGCAUAUACCUUAAAUAUAUAUACAUAUAUAUAUAUAUAUAUUGUUAUAUGAAAGUUUUUUUAGUUAUAGAUCGCUGUUUUCAAACUAGAGUAAAAAAACGUCAUAAACGUCACAUUUUAAAUUACGUGCGAAAUUAAUGGCACAUUGCAUCAAUUGAAAAAUCGGCUUCAAUAGCGCGCGUAUUAUGUUCUACAAAAAUAGUUACGAAAUUUAAACAUUUUUCAUGACGACUACCAUUGCCUGCGACACGUAUCGAAAGAAUGCAUAUAUCUCAAGCCUCAUUGAAUAUGUUCGUAAUGAUCAUCUCGUUGAAUGACAUUACAAUAUAUCAUAUAUCAUGUACAGAGAGAAAGAGAAAAAGUAUUCUGCCAAUAAUAAAGUGUUGAAUGAUUAAUAAAAGUAA